GUGGAUCUCUUAAUAGGAUUAUCUAUUCUCGGGACAGGGGAAAGACAGAGGGCGGAAUAAAGCAAAGGAGGUCUGGGAGAACUCUCAGCGUACUUCGGCUGUGUUGAAAACCUCAGAUGUGGACUAGGUCAGCCAUCUGAUUAAAAACAUUUGGGAUAGUUCUGAUGUGCACUGUGGGAGAUGCCCUAAUGAGCGCUGAGGGAUUUCCACCUGAUGGAGGGUCAAGCAGCUGCGACCUGCCCGCCAAGCUGGACGGCGAUGACAGCGACGAUGAUACCAGUGAGGAGGAGCCGCCGGUCACCAGCUGGAGCGACCUGUCCAUCAUAGAUCGCGUGGGCCUCAACAGCGUGGAGAUGUCAGAGGAGGAUUUGGAGAUAGCCUUCUCUCAGAUCGCUCUGGCCUUCCGCUGUGACCAGUACACCCUGAAGCAGAGGCUGCAGGCCGAGGAGCACGCCCGAAACCUGGCCGAGGAGAACAUCCAGCUGGAGCUGACCAGGGGCAGAGAGACGCUGGAGACUCUGAAGGGCCUGUGUUUGGACAGUAAGCGCAGUCACGUCCUCCAGAGGCUGGAGUUGUGUCUGGACAUCCUCUGUGGGACGGUGGAGCGGAUCUCCAACACGGCGGAGGUGCUGGGUGCCGUGCACCAGGAGGCUCGCGUGAGCCGGGCAGUGGAGCUCAUGGUGGCUCACGUGGAGGGUCUGAGGAGGCGUCACGACCGAAAUGUAGCAGAGCUGGAGGACAUCAAAAAGAUGGUGCAGCAGCAGCAUCAGCAGCACGCCUACCGAGGCAGCGUCCUGCCCACCGUCCUCCCAGACGGAGAGGGAAGUGACAAGAGGAUACAUCCUCCCACUAGCAUCUUACGGCGGAGAAUCAGCGCGUCAGUCAUUACCACUCAGAUUCAGGAGAAGAAGAAGCGAGACCCGAAGAAGAAGGCCGCCGUCAGCAAGAGGCAGUCGUCCCAGUGCCUGUCCCGCUCCCUGAGCGCCGAGUGCAGCUGCUCCCUGGACGACGGGCCUCUCAGCCUCCAUCCAGCAGAAGCUUCAGCUGCUCAGCCUCUGCCCGAGCCUUCUCCCAUCCCCAGUCCCGACUGCCCCCCGCCGCCGGAGCGGGAGACCCCCGAAAAGACGCAAAACAGAAACCUCUCUCUGGACACGCUACGGCAGAGGCACAAAGGCAAAGCGGCUCUGUCCAACAAAGGAAAAGAAAGAAGGGCAGCCAACAUCCAAAGGCAAACCUCCAUCGGCACGUACGCGGCCCCGGGCAGGCAGCCUCCUCUGGCCCUCAGGCCGUAUCGCUGCCGGUGGACGCGCGUCUGCACAAACCUGCUGGUGCUCCUGUGUUUGGUGGUGACGCUGACUUACCUCUUGUGGUGAACGGGACGACCCACUGCUGCCGGCACCUUAUGAGAAUGACGUUACAAAUGCUGUGAAUGACGAGCGUGUGU